ACUCAGGGUUCCUGUUGGCGCUGGUGCUGAUCGUAGUGGUUGGCUCCCUCUUCAACUACGCCCUCUUUCUGUGCACCGCCGUGACCUCGGCCCUCACCACGUCCCUCGUGGGCGUCGCCAAGAAUGUCGUGCAGACCCUGGGGGGUUUCUUCGCCUUCGGUGGGGUGCGUUACCACCCGCUCAACGUCACCGGCAUUGUAAUGAACACCGCGGGCGGGUUCCUAUACGCUUACGUCAAGUACCGAGAGAAGCUCAAGUCCACGCAAGUCUUGCCAAAGUACGAGGUCCUCAAAGACCAGAACUUGAACCAUGUCUUGUCCCCUCACAGCCACGGCGCUCGAACAGCACCUCACGAGCUCAUGGAUGUGAGGAUAUCCUGAGAGCUGGCCUCUCUAGGACACAGUAUUACAUUUCGUGCCUACUUCAAGUCCGAGAUUAUCUUAGCGGUAAGGAAAUGUUCUGUAGAAAACUUUCUAAUAACUGUGAUAAGCUUUUUUAAAUUUUAGCUUGAUACGGCGAUUUUCGUCUGAAAUUUGCGUGGAGAAAAGAGUGAGUUUCGAGUAUGCUUGCUUUUCGUCCGAUCGUUAGCUUUUCAAAUUUCAUGAUGUACUUAAUGAGGGAAAUGUAGUUCAUGAAUUUGAAGUAAUCCUGGCAACUAGUCUCAGAAGACACCGCCGUAGUCACUGGUGACUGUCUCAGACAUGUUGUCAUCUCCAAUGAGCUUCAAAACUCUUUAACUGUAGCAACCUCGCCCCUGUAUUUUUUUAGGACUUGCACGAGCUUCUGCUCACUGCACCAGGCUUUGAACUGUGCUGCUUCAGCCGAGUUCCAGCAUUGAACCUGCACGGAACUUAUUUUAUUAACUGAACCUUCAUUGUGUGAGGUUAGAGAUACCGGUGGCAAUGGUCCUUCAUCGUCCUGCACCCACGCAGGACGAUGCAGGUACGGCUGCAUGACGAUAUCGGUACGAUAUCAUGACGAUAUGGGUGCGACUGCAUCGUCUUGACCAGGGGUCACCAAACUUUUUUCACAGUGGGCCGGAUAACUGAAUGUAUGACGAGCGCGGGCCGCAUAGUCAUUCUGUUCAAUACUUGCAAGCCAGAACGAAAGCUCUGGAAAGAAAGACGAAAAACUAAUUUUAGCAUUCCACGUUAAUCAAAAAACAAAGACAACCGACACUUUAUUUACUAAAAAGUUUUCAAAGAAGGCAACGUAAGCAAAAAGAUAGUUACAUCAGACAUAGUGUGCACAUAUCCGAAUCUCACAAACUAAACAGCAAAGGUCAGUGAGAUUUGUGAAACUGACGUUUGGCUUUCAAGAUAUCAAUGUUUGAUUUGGAAUUGCUGCAUCCAAUCAAGAGAAUUGCUUUCAAAUGUUCAUCAGUCAAUCUCGUUCGAAGUGUUGACUUCACAUACUUCAUUUUGGAAAAUGUUUGCUCACAGACAUAAGUUGUUUUAAACACUGAUACCAUACAAGCGGCAAAUUUCUUCAAUUUCGGAAACUCAGGAUCAGGUAAGCAGCGUUAAAAUUCGACAAGUUUUCCUUCUCUGAGAUUCUUUUUCAACAAGUCAUUUGCUUGCAAAUCACUGAGCUCCAACUGUAGUUCAAGUGUUCAACUGGCACAUCAUCAAGGUUACAAUCAAACGGAUUUUGGAACAGAAGAAUAUCACUAUCAGUUCUGUCGAGAAAUGAAAAUCUCUUUAAAAAAUGCUUCUUCAAGUCACGAACAAUAUUUUUUUGGAAAAUCGAGGUUGACACCUUCAGCGAUUGAAGGGCAAAACUCUCCGAAACAGUGAAAAUGAGAGAAGUUAUUUCCUUCCAGUUGUGCUUCAAACAAUGACAGCUUUCUUCGAAAUCCUUUGAUGAUUCUGUAGAGAUCACAGACGAGGUUAUCCUUUCCCUGAAGUUUCAAGUUCAGUUCAUUCAUGUGGGAUGUGAUGUCGACCAAAAAAGACAAUUUUAACAGACAGAUAGGAUCUGACAGCUGUGAAUCCGCUCUUAUCUUUUUCAGUGAGAAAAACAUCUAUUUCGUUUCGGAGCUUGUAAAAACGAAACGGGACUUUACCACAGCUGAGCCAUCUCACUGCUGCUUAAUAAGGCAAGUCACAGAAAUCAGAAUCAAUUUCUUCAAGAAAAGCCUGGAACUGACGGUGAUUGAGUGCAACUGUGCAAGUCCCCGAAUCAAGUUCACAGCAGAAACGACUGGUUUCAGUACACAAGAAAUAUCUAAAUCUUUCCCACAGAGUGCUUGCUGAUGUAUGAUGCAGUGUAUGAACAGAGCACCUGGAAUUUGAAGAUCUAACUGAGUCCUGAUCUGCCCCAGCAGCCCCACCAGACCCUUCCUCAUUCCAGCCAUGUUUUGACCUCCAUCAACUGUAACACUUCGAAGCUGAUUCCACGGAAGGUUAUACAUAGUCUUGCAGUUUUCUGCACUUCUAUGAACUUCAGGAGGUCUCCUCACGCGCGAAGAUUUCCUAGUAUUAUAAACAUAAAAUUUAAAUUGUAUCACAACAUCUCGUGCUCCAACCGUUUUAUUAGACAAAUUAAAGUACCGUCGACGGGCCUGAUGAACUAACGUCGCGGGCCGGAUUCGGCCCGCGGGCCGUAGUUUGGUGACCCCUGGUCUUGACCAACGUAGGACGAUGAGUCUGGCCAAUUCAGUGCAAUGCUUCCUAUAGCCUAUGGCUUCCUUAACAAUUAAGAAUUGUUAAUCUUAUUCAAAUUUUAUUCAGGAGUUCAAAUGAUUGAAUUUCAUGAAAGUUACUGCGCUUCCCUGUUAUUAGAUUUUAAGUUUUUGAUAUUUAUUUCCAAUUAUGUUUUUUAUAAAAUUUCUUCUUAACUGUUUUAACUCAUUACUAAUUUAUUAAGUUAACUAAGUGUCUUAACUUAAUUAUUCUCUACGUUGUUAUUUGUUUGCGAUCUGUGGUUGGGCAAUCUUAACCGUCACUUCAUCUCAAGUCCUGCAAUUUUCAUGUAGUGUGAAGUUAUUUUAUUAGCUUGCGAAGAAUGAACCGUAUGAAACGGUAUGAUUGAUCACAAGUAUGCCCUCGUGUAUUUCAUUUCGGUUUUCGGUUAUUCACUUAUUUCUCUUUAGUUCUUAUAGUCAGUGUAUUAGCUCUGAACUCAAUCUUCGUCGCCGUGCAACACUUUGAUCAAAUAAAAAGCAAUCAAGUUGAAUAAUCUAGCGAUAUUGCAAUAAUCAGGCCAUUUUACAAGUUUAUUCUCUUCUAUUCCUGUUUUUGCCUCAUUUGUUAAUAAUUUUUAUUUGUAAAAAUAUAAAGAAUGUAUUUCAAGCUUACGAAAUCUGCUACAACGUUUAUUAAAAAUCUUUGCCUUCUUGGAGUGCAAUUUUAAAACUCGCUUUAAAUUUAAUCUUGAGUUAAUCUUUUCAAAUAUAAGGCUGCGUUAGACGCUGAACUUGAAAUUCAGUUCUGCUUUUGUUGCUUUUUAUCAAAGAAUUUUUUUGUUUUUCUUAUGACCAUUUACAGAUUCGUUCAUUUUCGAUCAUUUCGCAUCUUCUCUACCUUCUUUGUGUCAACGAUGUAACAGACAUGCCACUGCUUAUGCUACUUAAAAUUAUUUUAUGAUUUCUAGGAGAAUUAUAUUUCUUGAUGUUUACUCGUACGGGGAUCUUAUGAUGAAUUUCUGACGUCUAAACCCAAGGCCACGCUCUGCAAGCCAUCAUCUUAUCCCGUUAAUCAAACCAAACCUUCUGGGCACAAGUAUCGGUGGCUUUAUUCUAUACAAAACCAUAGUUAUCAAUAGGAAGCAAUAGCAUAGCCAUUACCAACAAAUAUAUGUGUUAACUGUCUUAUCCCUAUUAUGCGGCUCAUACUUCGACUAGGUGAAUGCUCCCACAUCGUAAGUCAAAGUUUGUAUAAGCCGCUCGAAUAGCGAGCUUUGCAAGACGUGGUGAUCAUAAAGUGACCAGUGCGAAGCGAGCGACAAAUGAAUUUUGCUUCUUUCUGUUUGAAUAUCCAAACCUAAUAUGAAAAUUUGAAGUUCCUAUUUGAAGUAUUAGUAUGGAGCGAUAAUUUGUAUGGUCCUUGUUUUUUUUUUUAGUUAAAUUCGGUGCAGUGACUUGGCAUCAGCGGCCAAUAAGACGUGAGGCAUGAUUUGUUAGCUUAGGCUUCAUUAAAUCGAGUUUCCGUUGAUGACAAGUUUCAUCAAAUCAAAGAUUUCAAACUAAAUUGUUUGAUAUUUUCGCGAACUACGGUGUUGGGCUGCUUUCUUGUGUGCGAUAUUGUGGCUUUGAAUCAAGCUCAUUGUUGGCAAGUCUUUUUUGCGUAAUAACCGCCGGCAUAGUAACUUUAUUUAACAAGUUUUGCAGCCAAAGGGUGUUACUUUCUGUUAUUUUUUUAUCGUCUAGUUCCUAGAUCAUUUUCUAUAUGCUCGAUUUCUAUGCAUUCUAAUAGGACAUCCAUGACCAUUAGUUAGCAGUAUACGUACAACAUCUGAUGCUGUAACUACAGGUAGGCAGCGUACACUGUACAGCCACUAAUGCUGUACCUUAAGACCAUUUACAAGCAACCCGUGUACAUUGCACAGCCCAGGGGCCACACUCUCAAAAUUCUUUAAACGUUAGUACUUACGCUCUAUUUUCUUGUCUAUGAUCGGGCCGUCAAUGCUUGACAGCAUUUGCUUGAAUGAUUGGCUGAUGAACUUACGAUCUCUCAACUUUUUUGAAAGUUUAGGCCCUGAUCUACAGCGUGUGUCAGUGUUCGUCCUGAUAUAAGCAAACUUCGACGCCACCUCAUGACCGAGUGCAAUGCAAUGAUCUGAUUUACCGUCAAUUUCUGUUGUCCCUUAUUAGACUAAUCUUGCGUACGUUUCUGAUAAUAAUUAUCUAUUGUUUAUCAAGUUGGAUCGUAUUAUGAAUGUUUGUACACAUGUAAGUAUUCUUUCAUGUAUAGCUGUUUGUAGUCCGAAAAGCGUUGUUGUCGGACCAUCUGUUGCUUCAAAAACUGUCAUGUCUUCAUCUGGCGAAGUUUUCUCACUGAAUGGAAUAAUACUUAACGUUUUGCUUCGAAUUCUUAUUUCUCUUGAUAACGUUUUUUUGUUGAUCAUUCUUCAAUUUGAACUCGAAUGCAAGUUUUCAAUAGUUUCACAGUUUAGAUUUUCACGCGCGCGAGUGCAUACUGGGAGCACAUUAGGUGGUUCAGAAUCAAACUUGGUUAUUUAUACAACAAUAAUAUUGUUAUUAAUAUAAAUUAACUUGGUUAUUUAUACCCCAAUGGUGGAAAGAACAUCGUUUGGUAUAGCUCGUUUAUGUUCAGCUGUGACACUAGGAAUCUUAGCAUGAAGAGAAAUCCACUAUUUUCAAUGAUGUAGCCUUGUGGGCUAUGUAUAAUAUGUGCGCUUUAAAAACUUUUUGAGGCCGUGCUAACAAUUGUCGCCUUUUGCUUAGUUUGAAUCUUCGCCCAUCGUCUCAGCACUCCAUAACAAUAGCAUUAGGUCCUCGCACUUGUGGUCAGCAGCUGUGGUGGCCACAACCAAUAACAUUGAAUAAACAAUGCUUCUUCAUUUGAAUAAUUUUCUCCGCAUUUUAAUGGGAUAAAACUUUGAUUACGGAAUGUUUAUGUUGAAUAUUUUCCAAGAAAUAAUGGAUUUUAUUAUUUAUAUUUUAUAUCAUUUGCAUUUACAAUGUAGGCAGAUCAUCCACUUCUGCGUUUCAUGAGGAGUAUUUUGUUCAAUUUUAUGAGGUUAGAAUGUGUGAUUGGAAAUUUUAUUAUUGUUAAUUAAUAUUGUUAUGAUUAUUGCAUGUUUACUUGUAAUUCAAAUCCAUUUUUAGUUUUAAAUUUUUUUGCUGUUAGAAGGGUCUAACUCAAAGAGAAAUUAUUAUUAUAAUAUAAUAAAUUAUAAAUCGAAUUAUGCAUACUUUCCUAUAGAGAACAGCCUUAUUCUGGCUUCCUUUGAAUUCUAUUAGUAAGUAAUAAGGAGAUGAUGUCUAAUGGUUCUUGCCGGGAGUAGAAAAUUUUCCCUAGUAUAAAUUUAUAAGAAGAAUCCUUAUAUAACCGUGAUGUUCACGGUUACUCUAUUGUGAUGCUCAUUCAUUUUAUAGAAAGUUUGAAUGA